AUGAGCGCCAUCUUCCCCACUCACCGUCUCUUCAACAAGAACGUCCUCAUUACCGGCGCAUCGGGCGGUAUCGGGGCUGCUACCGCGAUCCUCUUCGCCAAAGCCGGCGCCAACAUCAUCAUCUCCGCCCGUCGACCGGAAAAGCUCUCCGAGGUGCGUCAGGCCGCUCAACAAGCUCACAAGGAAGGAGGUACGGGCCAGGGAGGGAAGGUCUUUGAAUGGGUGCAGGAUGUGCAGGAUAGGAGGGGGGUCGAUAAGCUCUUCGACCUCCUCCCUCAAGACUUCAAGAAGAUCGACGUCCUCGUAAACAACGCCGGGCUCGUCUACGGGCGUGACCAGGUCGGGGAAGUGAACGAGCAAGAGAUGGACAUCAUGUUCCAGACGAACGUCCUCGGGAUGAUCCACCUUACUCAGAUGCUCGUCAAACACUUCAAGCAGAACAACGCCGGCCACAUCAUCCAACUCGGCUCCAUCGCCGGCCGAGAAGGAUAUUCCGGCGGGUCGAUCUACUGCGCUACCAAGCAUGCCCUGAGGGGGUUCACCGUGGCCAUGAUGAAGGAACUGUAUGAUACGCCGAUUAGGGUGACGGAGAUCCAGCCGGGGAUGGUGGAGACCUCCUUCUCCAUCACCCGGUUCAGGGGUGACGAACAGGCCGCGAAGAAGGUCUACGAAGGGUUCCAACCGUUGACAGCCGAGGACGUGGCCGAGGACAUCGUCUGGGCCGCUAGUAGGAAGGACCACAUCAACGUGGCCGAGACGUUCGUCUUGCCCGUGAACCAGGCUUCGCCGACGAUCGUCCACAAGGCCUGA